CCUGGAUGCCGUAGAUAACCCGGAAAUACAACAACGGGCAAAGCUGUCACGUUUAAUUUGUUUCUUACGUUUUAAUCGAAUUUGGAUGCAUUUUUGUGGAAAUUUAAAGGAUUAUAGCAGAGCUGACUGACCUAAUCUGCCGCCAUGUUCCUCACCCUUGCGCUGCUGCGUAAAGGCAUCCCCGGGAAGCAGUGGAUCGGAAAGCAUCGGCGUCCCCGGCCCAUUACGUGGCAGAUGAAGCGCAACACGGUGCAGCACCUGGAGCGCGAGGCCGAGAACGAAUACUGGCUGAGCCGGCCGUACAUGACCCCAGAGGAGGAGUACGGCCACGCCGCCGAGCGCAGAGCUCAGUCCUGGCUUAACAUCAAGGAGGCCGCCUUCCAAAAUUUUCCCAAACAUAAGUUUGUCACGGAUCACCUGAGUCACCUGAGAAUCACCAAGACGUGGUCAAGCUAACAUGAACAGAAAAAAAAAGACUGUCUUCUUUGUUUGCUCAUGUGUUAAAAUAUCAUGCAUCUGCGGAUAAAAACAGCUGUUAUUGUGUGUGUACCGUCUGGAUAAAAGAUGUUUGACACACUCCUCCUGAUCUCUGGGUUCUUCUGUCAGAGCUCAUCAA